ACCGAGCGUCCGAGUCAUCAGUACUACCCCGCCCCGCAAGACCGUACAGCGGUCCGUGUCCCGUGACACUUUGCGACUGGGUUAUCGUUAUGCACUGUCGACUUUGGCAGGUUAUUUUUCCUAUUGUCGGUCCUUAAUUGUGAUUAUCGCCAUCGCUCAUCCGUCGCGCCGUUAUCGAAAUAUGAACCGGAAUCAAUGCUGUCGGUUAAAAAUAGUGUGGCCCGAAAAAACGGCUGUUCGCGUCAUCCGUUAAUCCAGCGGGAAAUGUCUCGAUAUCCCGUCGAACGUCGUCAUCGUUGUCAUCUCGGCAGUCGCCGUGUUCACCGCAUCGCCGAUCGUUUGAUCUGCGGCCGUUUAGCGUUGCCGCCGACCGCUGUUAAAUAUUAUAUUACCGCGCGCCGACGACGGCCGUUACCACCACCACCGCCACCACCAUCGUCAUCGACACACUCGACACAGACGCGGCUGUAGUCGCUACUCACUAGUCGUAGACCGUAGUGCGACGCCGGUGCUAAGCCAUUCGCUUUGCGUGCCGCAAACCCGCAGUAGUGUCCCGUUGCGUGGCGGGCGAAGGGCUUGUGGAUACGUACAUCGCGACGUCGAAGCCGGUUCGUCGACCAGACGUGCUAAAAAAAUUAAUUGACGAUCCGCGCACAGAUCGUCGUCAUCGCCGUGUCCAAUAUCACUAUGAUCACCACCACCACCACCACCGCCACCACCGCUAGUCUUCGGACGGUCCUAGAACAAUAAUAAUAAUAAUAACUUCCAAAAGACAAUUGAAGAAUUAAAACUGAAUGAUAGCAGUAAAUAGUUAGAAGAAAUGCCAUGAUAGGACGAUUGUAUUCUUUAAUUUUAUCGCUUGGCAGCCUUACAUUAAUCACAUUUUCUUUGUGGUCAGUAUGGAGCAAGAUAGUCAAUGUCGACGAAUCACAUGCUGGCCAUGUCGAAUAUCGUAUACUUACAAUAGAAAAUGUUACUACAAAACCAUUCGAGUUACAUUCUUUGUCAGAUACAGAUCUUCACUCUUUGAUCGAUCUGCCAUCUUUUAAUUUCAAUAUAAACCAAAAAGUAUGCAACAACAACACUAAAUUGAUAGUGGCUUUAGUUCAUACUGCACCAGGACAUUAUGCCAAACGUCAGGCUAUAAGAGAUACAUGGGCAAAGAUGAUACCAACAUUAUUUUUCAUGGGUCUCCCAGAUUCAAACAUUACUCAAAACAAUGUUAUUUUAGAAAAUCAAUUGUACAGUGAUAUUAUUCAAGGCGACUUUAUAGAUUGUUACCGUAAUUUAACUUAUAAACAUGUGAUGGUACUAAAAUGGACUUUAUACUAUUGUCCUUGUGCCAGGUAUUUGCUCAAAACUGAUGAUGAUACGUUGGUUAAUGCACCAUAUUUGUUGGAAAUACUCAAUCAUAGAUUAUCACCUUUAGGCGCGCGAAAUUUGCUUAUGUGCCAACUCAUGUUUUCGAGUAUGGUAAAACGUUCAUACAGAUCUAAAUGGAGAGUUUCAUAUUCUGAAUAUCCAAAUCGUUGGUAUCCAAUUUAUUGUAGAGGCUGGGCGAUAGUUUAUUCGCCAGAUGUAAUUUAUAAACUAUACACGGAAGCACAAGUGACUCCAUAUUUUUGGAUUGAUGAUGUUCACAUAACUGGUACAAUAGCAAUUAAACAGAAUAUCACUCAAACAGAUUUAGGAGAAUUAGCUGUGGACGAAUCUGAUAUACUGGAUGAUAGAAAUAUUAGUCGCAAAUUUUUAUUUUGCUUAUUAAAUAAAGCAGAUCAGUCAAUGAGAAAAUUUUGGAAUAUUAUUUUACAACCAGAUGAUGCUGUUGUUUCAUCUUCAACCAACCUUGGACUUGAUGUAAAUGUUGGUAAUAACUAAACAAAUAUGAUUAAUAUUUAAUAAUUUUCUUGAAGAUUGAAUAAUGAAUUGUGAUAAAGUAGUAUGUAAAAAAGUUAUUUGUUAUUAUUUUAUUUUUAUUUUAGGAAAUAAUAUAUAUGUAGGUUUUUUUUUAAAUAAGGCUGAUUUUAAAAAUGAAAGUUAUAAAACAAUUUGUAUGUAUAAAUUAUAAUAUAAUUUUAUUUUAGAUACUUAGGAGGUACCUAAUUAUAUAGUGUGAACUAUAAAGCGCUACAAAUUAUCUUUAAGGGGUGUUUAUUAUAAAAAGUUUCAAGUGAUAUAUUUAUAGACAUAUGACAUAUACCAACUACAUUAUACAUAGUGUAUAGUAUAACUAUCAUUUUUAAUGAUGUACUAAUUAAUUACAUACAUUUUAAAUAACCAUAUAAUUUGUAAAUUGUACAUAUAUAUUUACUAAUGUAUUGUUAUAUAAAAUUUAAUAAAAAAAUAUUACCAUGUAUACCUAUUUAAUAAUAAUAAUAAUAAAAAUAGUAUUAACAAUACACAAAUUCUGUCUACUUAUAGCUUAAAAAUAAGAAAUUCAAUUGAUUUAAUGUAUUAUAUACUUGUGAAAAGGAGUAAAAAUAAAAGAUAUAUCUUGAAAUCAUUGUUUUAAAUAACACUGUUGUGGCGGCAGGGUAUACAUAA